AUGCGUUUUAUGUCGACUUUUGUGACGGCACUCCUGUUCACGGUGAACGUGACAGGAGCCAGCCCAGCAGCCCAAUCAGCCUCCGCGGGCACCGUCGCACCUGUUGCGAAUGGCCCAGAGCAAGCUGCAGCUACUACAGCCGCCGCCGCCCCUACCACCGAGCAACAGGCGGAUACGAACCAAGGCAAUGCUAAUGCCAAUGUCAACGCCGCCAACACCCCUGCGGCGGACCCUACUACCGCCGCAGCGGACACCGCGACUGCGGUGAACCAUGCCGCCAACACCGCGGCCGCUGCCCCAGAGGAGGAAGAUACUGCCACUGCUCAGGGCAACACUAACGCCGCCCCUACCACGACGUCCAAUGGUAACCUUGUUGGAAACUUGGUGGGCGGUGUUGAGACUGCCCUCGGCGGUGGUGCUUCCUCUUCAUCGGAGUCCGAGAGUGGCCCCAGCCAGACAACCUCUGCUUCCACAUCAUCCAGCACCUCAGGCACCAAGUCUGGCAGCUCAUCUGACUCUGACUCUGACUCCGACUCCGACUCUAGCUCCUCCAGCUCUAACUCCGCCGCAACGGACAAGACCAACAAUCUUCUGUCCGGCCUGGAAAAGACGCUCGGAGGCCUGCUUGGUGGAAACGGAAAUGGCGGUCUUGGUGAUCUUAUUGGCGGACUCGAGGGUCUUCUCAACCCCGGUUUCUUGAAGACAGUGACCGACACUUUCGAAUACCUGUCCACCAGUUUGGCCCCUCCUGUCGACCAUGACAUUCGGAGCUUGGUGGCGAAUGCCAACAACCUCUUGACCGCAGACUUCUCCAAGAAGGUUGGUGGUCUGAUUGACAAUGCCAACGAUCUCUUGACCAAGAAGAACACUCAAGAGAUCAUGUCUUUGAUCAACAACGCCAACGACCUGCUGUCCUCCGACUUCAUCAAGAAGGUUGACAACUUGAUUGACAACGCUGCCCUGCUCUUGACCCCCGAGGACACCAAGGCCAUCAUCAGCCUGGUCAACAACGGCAACAAGUUGCUCACCCCCAACUUUGUCAAGGAGACCAACAACCUCAUCUCCAAGGCCAGCCCUCUUAUCGACCAGGCCAGCGGUCUUCUCACCGAGGGCAAUGUCCACGAGAUCGAAUCCCUACUGUCCAACGCCAACAAGCUGCUUACCCCCAGCUUCAUCGAUACCACUGGCAAGCUUAUCAAGCAGGCUGGUCCUCUCAUCAACAAGGCCAGCGGUCUGCUCACCGAGGAGAACGUCAAGGAGAUCGAGUCGCUGUUGUCCAACGCCAACAAGCUGCUUACCCCCAGCUUUAUCGAUACCACCGGCAAGCUCAUCAAGCAGGCCGGUCCUCUCAUCGACAAGGCCAGCAAGCUACUCACCGAUGGAAAUGUCAAGGAGAUCGAAAGCUUGCUCUCGGCCGCCAACAAGCUGCUUACCCCAGGCUUCAUCGACACCACCAGCAAGCUCAUCAAGCAGGCUGGUCCUCUCAUCAGCCAGGCCGGUCCUCUCAUCGACAAGGCCAGCAAGCUUCUCACCGAUGGAAAUGUCCACGAGAUCGAGUCACUACUGGGCAAUGCCAACGAUCUUCUCACUGGCAGCUUCGUGAACCAGACCUCUCUCUUGGUUGAGGAGGCCAGCGAGCUUCUGACCCCGGGAACCAUCAAGGUCAUCAAGGGACUGCUCGACCAGAUCUCUCCCUUGCUGCCCGAGCUCAAGGGACUCCUCAAGCCCACUCUGAUCUCCGAGAUCGAGCACGUUCUGAACGCCGCCAACAAGCUGCUUACCGACGACUUUGUCAAGGAAACUACCAGCCUUGUCAGCGAGGCCGACAGUCUGCUUACUCCGGAGCUCACCAAGAGCCUGAAGUCGAUCCUCAACGAGGUUAUUCCUUUGCUGCCGGAGAUCAAGUCUCUCCUCAACAAGGGAAUGAUCAGCUCGAUCGAGAACCUCCUCACCAACGCCGAGCACCUGCUGACCCCGAAGUUCGUCAACGAGACCAUGAGCUUGGUUGGCGAGGCCGACAGCCUUCUGACCCCCGACCUCACCUCUGGAUUGAAGUCUAUCCUCAGCGCUGUUGUUCCUCUCCUCCCCGAGAUCAAGCACCUCUUGACCAAGAACACCAUCGACGCCGUCGGAUCUCUCUUGACCAACGCCAACACCCUCCUGACCCCCAAGUUCGUCAACGAGACCAUGAGCUUGGUUGGCGAGGCCGACAGCCUUCUGACCCCCGACCUCACCUCUGGAUUGAAGUCUAUCCUCAGCGCUGUUGUUCCUCUCCUCCCCGAGAUCAAGCACCUCUUGACCAAGAACACCAUCGACGCCGUCGGAUCUCUCUUGACCAACGCCAACAACCUCCUGACCCCCAAGUUCGUCAACGAGACCACCGGCCUCGUCGACAGCGCCGACGACCUCCUCAGCCCCACCAUCGUCCACGGACUGAAGGACCUCCUCGGAGACGUCAUCCCCUUGAUCCCCACCCUCGAAAGGUCUCUGCUCAACACCACAAUUAUCACCGACUUGGGUUACAUUGUGACCAACGCUACCAACCUGCUUACUCCCCACUUCGUCGACGAGACCUCAGGUCUGGUGGACACCGCGGACGACCUCCUGAGUCCCAAGUUGGUUAGCUCCCUCAAGGACAUCGUUGGGUACCUGCCGGAGAUCAUGCCGGAAGUCAAGAAGCUGCUCAAGCCUAAGACCAUUACGGAGAUCGGCUCGCUCUUGGAUAAUGCCAGCGAUCUUCUCACUCCUAAGUUCGUCAAUGAGACAACACUCCUGAUUGACGAUGUCACUGGCUUCUUGCCUUUGGUUCAGGAAUUGCUCAAGGCGCUGUGA